AUGCCAGAUAGGCAUCGCGUUGCGUUAAUAGGCAUUACUCAGCAACGUGCAAUAAAUCUUGAAUUCGAUGAGAAAAUGAAAUUUAAUUUGAUUAGACAAACGACCAGUCACGAUCAAUCUUACAAUGAUAUUGAGCCAUGUUCCUCCGAUCGAUGCCGAUUACCGUACUGUUAUUGUUCCAAUCAGACGAUACCAGGUGGAUUGACUGUUCGAAAUACACCUCAAUUCAUUGCCUUAUCAAUCAAUGGACCAUUAGACGAGAAAAACUAUGACACUUUAGAAGAGAUAUUCUUUUCGAGCAAAUACUUCAAUCCCGAUGGAUGUCCGAUCAGCGGUACUGUUUUCUUGAGAGGCCAUAAUCAGACAAAUUAUUGUUUACUUCGUAAUGUUUUACAAUAUGGAAACAUUGAAUUAGGUAUCACAUCGAAUUCCAGCGAAUGUCCAACCGUAGACUGCCGAGUGAAAGACAAAAAUGAUAAAAGUCCGUAUGUAACAUGGCGUUCGUAUCGCUUUUACAAUGAAACAAUCGAUUAUCGUCGUAUGAUUUCGAAGUUAACCGGUCUUCGUCCAUCAUCGAUCAUGGGUUAUCGUUCACCGAACUACGAAGUCAAUAACAAGCAAAUCCAUUGGCAUAUCUUACGUGAACAUCAAUUUCUCUACGACUCCACGUUGAUUACACGUGAAUGGGAUUCACCUUACUACAAACAACAACAACCAUCGCCAUUAACAUGGCCACAUACGAUGGAUUUCGAAGCAAACUAUGAUUGUUCUCAAGGUUGUUACACUCAAUCAUUUCCCGGCCUUUGGACCAUUCCAAUUCAUAUGUAUCAAGACUUCGACGGAAGAAAUUGUACAACCAUUGGCAGUGACCACUGUCGAGUACCACGUACACCCGAACGAUUCGCUCAAUAUCUCAAGCAUAAUCUCAAUCGACAUCUGUAUUCCAAUCAUGCGCCAUUCGUCAUGGCUUUCGAUAGUUAUUGGUUGAACGAGCCUUACAUGGGCUGGAGACAGGAAGGUUUGAAGUUAUUUAUUGAACAUACAUUACGACACCAUCCGAAUGAUGUUUAUUUCGUACGAAUGAUCGAUAUUAUCAAUUGGAUGAAACAACCGGUCAGUCUCAAGCAAAUGAAAGAAGGCUAUUUAGCUGAUAUUGGUCUGCGAGCGGGCUGUAGUGAGCAACAUGAUGUUGAAAUAGAAAGAAAAUGUAUCGACGAGAAAGAAAAGAAAAGCUCGAAAUCGAAUGCAACAAGUCAAGCGCGAUCAUUAUUAAUGAUAUUCGAUGCAGUCUCCGAACCGUUGUUUCGUUCAGAUAUUGUUUAUUAUGGCACAUUGAGUUUUUUUAUUUUUCUUAUAGUAACAUUUAUUUAUGAUCGGAUUUUUGCCUCGUGA